GGUGACAGGUUGCCCUAGCUACUCACCUCCAUAUUUCCCAGUAAACUCCAAGGUUAACUCUGUGCAAGUAAUUGGGAAGCCGGCCAGGGCAGCUGCCUCUUGUGUGCACAUCUUCCCAGGUGGCCACCACCGGAAGACCGGAAUCCCCUCUCUUUGAGCACAGGUGCGUUCCGAGGAUUACCACAAGCUCCAGCCGGGGCCCGCUGGGGUUUAUUUGAAGCAUGCAAGAGAACAACGUGGACCAGCCUACAUCAUUAUCUCAACUCUUGAGAGAGAACUACUUGGCCGAAGCGCGAGCACACCAGAGACACAGCGAGAUGAGUCGUUCCGACUCCUCCUCACGGCGCCUGGUCUACGGGCCCCUCAAAGGCAAGACGGCGGACUCUGCGGGGCAGGAUGAGCCCCAACACCAGCUCCCAGACCUCUCAGCAUUCCUGAGUCAGGAAGAACUGGAUAAGAGUGUUAACCUGGCCUGUCAGGCUAUCGGACACGAAGCCCGUGAGGAGAGGCCAGAUGUCAAGGCCUCCGUCGCCCCCUCUGCCACCACCGCCGCAUCUGACACUCCCGACACCCAGUCUGACCCGGAAUUAGAAGAACCCCUACCAACACACCCAAUAUUCUUACCAGAGAGACGGCCAUACCCACCUCUGUCCCUACAGGACAAUGCGAUAAGGACAGACGAACAGACAUAUCAGCCGUCCCAACUGUCCAUCCAGGACAAUGUGAUGAGGACAGACAGACAGAUGUUCCCACCAUCCAUCAUCCAGGACAUUGCGAUGAAGAACAACCGGGAGGACAUUAAGAGACCAGGGGCUGGGGGGAGGAACACCCAAUCAUUUGGCCUGGAGAACCAGUCCAAGAAGGAGUUCCUCAACAAGGCUGCAGACUUCAUCGAGGAGCUCUCCUCUUUGUUCAAAGCAAACAGCUCCAAAAGGAUACGGCCCCGAACGUGCAAAACUCAUAGGAGCAGAGCCAACAAGGGCCAAGCCGAUGGGAGCAUUUAUUCCCUGAACGCAGACGACAGGGAACGGCCGAUUCUUCUCCAAGACAUCGAAAUGGAGAUGGAGAGGCCUGCUAAUCCCUUCUGCAUUCAGCCGCCAGAGGUCCAAGGUUUGGGCAUGGACCCAGGAUAUGGGCACGCUGACUUCCCCAUGCAGGACUGCCGGACUACUGAGGAGCAGUAUGAUGACUCUGAGGUGCUGGAGGCGGAUGAACUGGAUGAGGCUGAGAGCCCUGCCAUGGUUGAGAUCACCCCUGGAGUGUACACAGCCGACCCCAUCUGUGAGCCCCCUCACUUCAUCCAGAAACUGAAAAGCAGGGAGGUGUCGGAGGGCAGCAAGGUCCAGCUGGACUGCAUUGUUCGAGGACUCCCCAUGCCCGAAGUCCGGUGGUUUUGUGAGGGGAAGGAGCUGGAGAACUGCCCUGACAUUCAGAUCAUCAACAACGACGAGUUGCACUCUCUGAUCAUUGCCGAGGCAUUCGAGGAAGACACAGGGCGGUACUCUUGCUUUGCUUCCAACUUCUAUGGCACAGAUUCAACAUCUGCAGAAAUCUACAUCGAAGGUGCCUCCUCUACAGAUUCGGAGGGGGAACAACAUUUUGAACAAGUAGCACAGCUGCAGAGGACCCCUGCUCAGCCGGCUGCUCCGUCUUUACGUCCAGUGGUCUGUGCUGUGUCUGUGUGUGAGGAAGACACACCCAUCUGUACUGAAGACCAGCCACAGGAGGCCACCUCACUGCCGUCUAGCCAGGUAGUCACUGCAUCUGUGCCUGUCAAGGUAACUACUACUGUCCUUCCUGUUACGGACGUGACAGCAACACCCACCCAGGUGGCGUUUACAUUGUCCCCUGCCCAGGAGACGUCAGCACCGUUACCUGUCCAGGUAGUCUGUACUCUAGAUCUACCACCUGUGGACAUAGUGUCAGUACUGGCGCAGGAGGUGUCAACACCGUCACUGUCAACACCGUCACCUGUCCCAGUGACGUCCGCACCAUUACCGACAAAGGCAGUCACUACCACGGCACUACCACUGACCCAGGUGGUUUCCUCUACACUGCCUGCCCAGGUGGCUCCCAUACAGAUGACUCUGUCUGAGAACUUAAACGGUGACAGCUAUAACCGAGGUCUAGACGUCUAUCCUCAAGGUCUAGACGGGAGGCCUAUCAUCGCUGCCCCUGUUUUCACAAAGAGUCUGCAGGACCUGUUGGCGUCGGAGAACCAGCUGGUGGUGCUAGAGUGCCGUGUUAAAGGGGUGCCCUCACCCAAGGUGGACUGGUACAGAGAAGGAACUGUCAUAGAGGACUCCCCUGACUUCAGGAUCCUGCAGAAGAAGCCUCGAUCCAUGGCUGAAUCAGAGGAAAUAUGCACUUUGGUUAUUGCUGAGGUCUUCCCUGAAGAUUCUGGAACGUUCACUUGCACUGCAAGCAACAAAUAUGGAACUGUAUCCAGUAUCGCUGCACUAAGGGUGAAAGGCAAUGAUAACACCAACAGCAACCACGUGAAAACUCCACACAAGUCCACACAAGUUCCAGAGCCCUCUUCAUUAGAUCUCACUCCCCCCAGUCUAAAGCCUCAAGCUGAGGUUCCUGUGACCAACAGCAUCAAGCCUCACUCCAGCACCAUCCGCCUGGAUCCCCUCAGUUCCAGCACGUUAAGACUGGACCCUCUGACCACCAGUACCCUCCGUCUAGACCCUCUGAGCUCCAGCAUGCUGCGCCAGGACCCUGUCAGCAUCAGCAUGCCCAGCCUGGACCCACUAAGCCUGGGCAGCAGCCCCAGGAUAGGCACCCGUAGCUCCAGUACAUCUUGUCUGGAUCCACUCUACCUGAGCACCCCUCACCCAGACCUGCCUACUAGCUCCAGCAGGCUACACCCUGAGCCCCAGAGCAGUGGUGAGGUGCCUAAGACUGACCAUGAAGACUCCAGAGCCUUCUCAGUGUUAUCAGACCCUGCCAUUGGUCUGAGUCCCAAGGUGGAAGGGACUCCUUUCCAUAAACCUGAGCCCCCUCCCCCUGUAAACCUCCCUGAUCCCCCCACCUCCUCCUGCCUCAAGCCUGGGGUUCUGGUGAGCCACAACGGGCCCAGGUCCAGCUCCAGGGUAGGCCUCCGUGUGCACUUUAAACUGCCAGAGGAUGAAACAGACAACGAGAGUGAAACAUCCGAUAGCCAUUCAUAUGAAGAUAUGUCACAGUUGGCCAAUAAGGAACCACCUCCAGUCCUGGCCAAGCCCAAACUAGACCCUGUCCAGCUGCAGCUUCUACACAACCAGGUGCUCAUGGAGCAGCAGCAGACUGACACUGAGCCAACCGGAGCCACCCAGAGCCAACCGGAGGCAUCUGCCUGGCCAGCCCGGAAGCAACCCGAGCCCCAGGCCCAGCUCCAGCACCAGCAAAGCCUGCCCCGUUCAUCUACCCCAAUGCCCCUGCAGUCCACCCACCCUGCACCCAUACUGGCCAUAGCCCCAACACCCUUACUCAACUUCACCCCUGUGACAACACUGAACACUACCCCUGCACCCCAGCUAAACACUAGUCCCCCUGCACCCCAGCUAAACAUUGCCUCUGCACCACUACUGAACCCAUACGCCACCCAUUCUUAUUUUCCUUCUUCUUCUUCUUCUUCUUUACCCCUGCUAAACACAAGCCCGGUAUCACCAAUAAACACUACCUCUGCACUGCUACAGAACACAGCCCCUCCUGCACCCGUUAUGGGUACCCUGCCGUCCCCUCCUCAACUGAAGACAGGUUCAUCUUUUAUGAGCUCCCCUCCAUCUGCCCCUCUGCUGAGCACUGUCCCUGCACCCCACCUGUAUACCAUUCCUGCAUCCCCACCCUAUAUGACCCUGCAAAACACCACCCAUUCUUCCCAGCUGAACUUAGCCCCCUUAUCCCUGCCUAAAACUAUUCACGUACCCCAGUUUAACACACCUCUCGUACCUCAUCUGAAUACAGCCCCCACAGCAUCUCUCAGCACCAUCCCAGCAGCUUUCAACAGGGCCCCUACAACCGUGCAGAACACCUCCCCCUCCCCCCUACUCAGAACAACUCAUGCCUCCCUCCUCAACCUGGCCCCCACUUCACAGAGCUUCAACUACGCCAGGCCAAAGGAGUUCAUCACUACCCAGACUCCCCUUUCUCCAGUCAGGAGUCCCUCCCCUACAGAGUCCCCCGUUCCGUUGCUCCACGAGCUGGCUGCCGAGCUCAACUCCUCCAACCCCAACCUGUUCUCUCCACAACCCAGAGUCUUCCCCACCAGAGUCCUCAAGUCACCCACUAGCCCCCCUUCCUUCAUGUCCUCCCCCACCUCUCCCACCCUGUUGCCUGCUGCCUACCUAAACUCUGUGUUCACCCUGCCACAGCAGUCGCCCCCGCAGGCAGCGUCCCCGACCUCCAGCACCUCCACCCCCAGCCCCAUCCAGAACCAUGUGGCCUUCCUCAGCUCUGUCCUGCCCUCUCUACACACCACACAAGCCACCAACUCUAUGGGCCUGCCCAGGAGUGCUCAUGGGCCACCUCAAGGCAUGCAGAAGAAGUUGCCUACAAGCACACGUCCUAUGUCAGAUGUUGACAUUCGUAGCAGCCAACAAACCCUCCUCCAGGAUAUGGAGAAAAAGCUUAGGUUCAAUGAAGAUGUUAUGCGUGGUCAUGUACAACAGAAGCAGACUACUUAUGAGGGGAAAACAGUGAGGAGACCCCUCGGACCAAACAUUCCUGCCACUGUCUUUAACUAUGACGAGGAGUACAAAGUUUCGAACUUUGAGCAGAGGCUGAUGAGUGAGAUAGAGUUCCGUCUGGAGCGCACGCCAGUCGAGGAGUCCGAUGACGAGGUACAACACGAUGAGAGCCCAACAGGGAAGUGCAUCGCACCCAUAUUUGACAAGAAGCUGAAGAACUUCAGGGCCAUGGAGGGUGUGCCUAUGACGUUCUCCUGUAAAGUGGUGGGGAUCCCCGUACCUAAGGUUUACUGGUUCAAGGAUGGCAAGCAGAUCUUGAGGAAAAAUGAUCAUUAUAAAAAGAUAAGAGAGGGGGACGGAACCUGUGCCUUACACAUAGAGGUCACCAAUAACGACGAUGAUGGCAACUACACUGUCAUGGCAGCUAACCCCCAGGGACGAAUCAGCUGCUCCGGUCAUUUGAUCAUCCAAACGGGUCCUCUCCGAAACCGAAUGACACCUAUGAUUCACUCUCAGAGGGUGCGGGCCCGCAUACAGGAAGUAGAAGAGGGUGAACCAACCCAGGAGCGCUUCUUCCGACCUCACUUCCUCCAGGCUCCAGGGGACAUGGUGGCUCAUGAGGGCAGAGUCUGUAGAUUAGACUGCAAGGUGAGUGGCUUACCAAACCCAGAGCUGAUGUGGCUGAUCAAUGGGAGGCCCAUCUACCCAGACUUCUACCACCGGAUGCUGGUGAGGGAGAACGGCAUCCAUUCACUUGUCAUAGACCCUCUAAAACAGGACGACGCCGGGACAUACACCUGCAUCGCAAGCAACAAAGCAGGACAGAGCUCCUUCAGUCUGGAGUUAAGAGUUGUGGAAAAAGAGAUGAAGCAGGCCCCCCAGUUUGUGGAGAAGCUCCAGAACACAGGCAUCGCAGAGGGCACCCCCGUCCGACUGGAGUGCAGAGUUCUGGGCAUGCCUCCACCUGUUAUCUACUGGAAGAAAGACAACGACACCAUUCCUCACACCAAGGCCAGAGUCAGCAUACACCAGGAUGCCACUGGAUAUGUCUGCCUCCUGAUUCAGCCUACCAGGAAAGAGGAUGCUGGCUGGUACACCGUAUCAGCAAAGAAUGAGGCUGGAAUUGUUUCAUGCACAGCCAGGCUAGACAUCUAUGCCCAGUGGCAUAAGCAUGUCCCUCUGCCUAUGAAAAAGGCUCUGCGGCAGGGCAGUCGCUAUGCAGUGCUGACCGGCCAAGGCCUGGACAUCAAAUCUGCCUUCCCCACGAUGGACAAUAGCCCCGUCCUGUUCUCCAGCUCCCCUGUGGAGGCACAGCUGGAGAGUGAGGAGCUGUGAGGAGCAGACACACUUCACCAUAGGGUUGUAAAAAGUCUAAACUUUCCCAUAAUGCACAGGUUUUUCAGAAAUUCCAAAAGUUUAGGAAAGUUUAUGGAAUCUUGCCAACCUACUCCAUCACCACUGGCCCUUUGAACCUACAAACGACUCUUCUCUGGAGUCUCGUAGGGCCGGUUUCCCAGACACAGACAGCCAAAUCCUGGACUAAAAACCAUGCCCAAUAGAGAAUCUCAGUUGAAAGUGCUUUUAGUUCAAGACUAGGCUUAAUCUGUGUCUGGGAAACUGGGACAGAGUUUAGUCUGCUCUGACACCUCCUAAUGACUAAUCUACUAGUUAAUCUAAUCUGUGGUGGCCUGUGGAAUGGAAGAGCAGGACUAUAAUCUGAGCAGUUUGUGUCAUCUGGUUUGUGUGAUACGUUUGAAGUGAUACAUUGAAAUUACAAUGACAAAAACGGUUAGAUUUCCAACUGUUUGUUUUUCUGCCAUUCCUAUUGAAUUGUAUCAUUUGAAGCGUCUUAUUCACUCAAAACAGACAAACUCGCCAAGUCUUAGUUCAUGGGCCACCGAGUCAACUAUCAUCUUUCAAUAGGUCUGAUUUGUUUAUGGUUUUUCUACUUUUUGAUUAGUUUGUUUGAUAUUGAGAAGGUUGAUGAAUGUUGAUGAUGGUGAUGAUGACAUACCUUCGUCAUCAUACAUUUCAACCUGUUCUUAAUCUUUAGCAAAUUGACUCUUUCGUUUGGAUGUGAUUGUUGUAGGAUUUGUUUUUAUUUCAAACGUAUAUAUUUGUGUCAAAUAAAGAUAGUAUAUUUUAAUGUUUAUAUAACAUAUAUAUGAUUUGUUGUUUAUGAAUAACCUAGCACUAAAUGUAAAUCAAAGAAAUGCACAAAAGGAAAGCCAAACAGACAAAUUAAAUUGUACACACGCAUACAUUGAGUGGGGGAGGUGCUACUCAAUAUUAGGAAGGUGUUCUUAAUAAUUUGUACACUCAGUGUGUAUAGCAAGUUCUACUAUGAAUAUGACCAGGUGAAAGAUAUGAUCCCUUAUUGUUGUCACUUGUUAAAUUCACUUCAAUCAGUGUAGAUGGAGGGGAGGA